CAGCCUCGUCUGACUGGAGAAAGUGUGUUGAGGGUUGAUGGGAGCAGAGCUUCCAUUUUACCACGGCCUGCAGCAGCCAACAGCCAGUGGUAGGAGCCAGCAGCAACAGCCAGUAGUCGGAGCCAGCAGCAACAGCCAGUAGUAGGAGCCAGCAACAACAGCCAGUAGUAGGAGCCAGCAGCAACAGCCAGUAGUAGGAGCCAGCAGCAACAGCCAGUAGUAGGAGCCAGCAGCAACAGCCUGGGAGGGAGAAGCAACAGCCAGUAGUAGGAGCCAGCAGCAACAGCCAGUAGUAGGAGCCAGCAACAACAGCCAGUAGUAGGAGCCAGCAGCGACAGCCUGGGAGGGAGCAGCAGUGGGGGCAGCAGAGCCUGAACAAAGUGAGCUCACAGAAGAAGUGCCUCUAAUCACUGCAUUCCAGCAGAGGAGAGCCAGUCAACUUCCUCUAAGCCUGUGUGACGGGCAGAGAGCUAUUUUACUCGUCUUCACCUGGACUGGACUUUACCCACCUCUCCCUAGCAGUGUCUGACUGACGAAGGAUUUUAAAGAAAGGAGGAAAAUAAAAGUGACUUUCUUUGGUUCUAAAACGGAAGAAGACCCAGAUGUGAAGAUGGAGGAGGGAUACGAACUUGACCUGACUUACGUGACGGAGCGCAUUAUCGCUGUGUCCUUCCCCCGGGCAUGCUCAGAGGAGAUCUACUUUCACAACCUGAAGGAUGUCACACGGAUGCUCAAGUCCAAGCACGCUGAUAACUACCUGAUUAUCAACCUGUCGGAGAAGAGACAUGAUCUCUCUAAAAUGAACCCUAAGACUCUGGACACGGGCUGGCCUGACCUGCAUGCUCCUCCUCUGGAUAAGAUCUGUACCAUCUGUAAGGCCAUGGAAAACUGGCUCAAUGCUGACCCUCUACACGUGGUGGUCAUACACUGCAGGGGUGGGAAAGGCCGAAUUGGAGUGGUCAUCUCAUCAUUUGUGCAUUUCACCGACAUAUCUGCCAGUGCUGAUCAGGCCCUGGACCGCUUUGCAAUGAGGAAGUACUACGACGACAAGGUCUCAGCAUUAAUGACACCCUCUCAGAAAAGGUACGUUUGGAUCCUGAACAGUCUCCUGAGUGGAUCGAUGAAAAUCAACGCCUCUCCACUGUUCUUGCAUUGCAUCAUUCUACGUGGGAUACCAAACUUUGACACUGCAGGAGUGUGUCGGCCAUACCUGAAAGUCUACCAGGGAAUGCAAGCUGUCUACUCCUCAGGGGUCUAUCACAUUGGGCCUGGACACAGAGACAGGAUAUGUAUCAGUCUGGAACCUGCUCAGAUGUUAAAGGGAGACAUCAUGGUGAAGUGUUACCAUAAGAGUGAUGUCACUUUGGAGCGCGAGGCGAUCUUCCGGCUCCAGUUCCACACAGGAGCAGUGCAUGGCUACAACCUGGUGUUCGAGAAAGAAGACAUGGAGACUGCCAAUAAAGAUCACAGAUUUCUGGCUUACGGGAAAGUGGAGCUGGUGUUCUCUGAGGGCCCGGAGAAAAUCCCAGGUGCAGAGCGCUGGCAGAACGGGGCAGACAUAAGUGUGGACUACAACACAGCCGAUCCUCUGACACGAUGGGACUCUUACCAGAACAUAAUUGACGCGGAAGUGCCCCGAUCUCAGGGACUGGCCCAGGACAAAGCCUCCCCAUCCAAAAGGUGCCCUAACGGGGAAGGAUCCAUCACCGUGACCCUGGCCCGUGGAGCCCACCAAGCCACUUCUACCACCAGCAGUCCCGACCACAGCGACCACGCCCUGUCAGCCAGCAGUGACUCAGGCCUGUCCAGCACCUCUCUGUGGACUGACAAACCCCCAGCCCCGAUCACCACAACCACCAGCUCCAGGCCCCAGCAAGGCCCCAGCCGUCAGGAGAAGGCCCAGCUGAAGCGCCUGCUGAGCGGGUUCGGCCUGGAGGAGAUGUCUGAGUGCGGAGGAGGGGGGCCAGGAGUGAUGACCAUACAGAAACGGGCCCCAGCCCAGGUGCAUGGCAACGGGGACCUGCGGCCCCCCAGGGAGAGGGAGACGGACAUCCUGGAUGAUGAGGUCCUCCUGUCGGGUCACGACCUGCGCAGCGUGGACAGCCUCGGUACCCUGUCAUCCUCCUGCCACAAGAGCAGCCAGAACUCAUUGCUUUCAGAUGGCUUCAGUAGCCCUGGGGGAGAGGAGCACCAGCUCCACCACCACCAACCCCAGCACCACCACCCAGCCCCGGCCACAAUGGAGGAGUACGAGAGAGCCUACGCAGAGGCCCGGAGGAGCUGCUUUGGCCAGAGGAGUGCCUCAGUCUCCACCCCCGCCACCGCCAUGCCGAUGCCCAAGCAGCAGGUCUACCGGCAGGGCAGCUACUCCACACACACCUGGGUGCGCCAACAGCAGAUGGUAGCAGCCCAUCAGUACGCCUACCUGCAGGCCGAGGAGGGUGAGGAGAGGGAGAGGUACCUAGGGGACAACAAACCACAAGGGGGAAGCCCACCCAAACCUCCAACCCCUACAGUGUCACAACAAGGACCCGUGCUGAAUAUGAACACUGCUGCCUUGAGAACGGUGGUGGCACCACAGACACACAACGAGCAGCCUCCUGCAGUCGUCAACGAUAACAACAACAGCCGAGACGAAGAGUUCAACUCUUUGACUGUGGACAUUGAUAACUCCAUCGACCAGCUCAACCAGUUGAUCAUGGACCUGGACCCCACGUUCGUGCCUGUCCCCACACGCUCCAGCUCGGUCAAGAGAAACGGCGGGGAGCAUGUGAAUGGCUCAGCCACCACAAACGCCACCUCCACCGGGUGCCCCAAUGGAGUCAGUCCCAGAGUCACAGAGAACAGUACAGCCGCACUGCAAAGCACACAGCCGUCAGCUGCCCCAUUGUCCGUUGGUGACGUCAGAGUGGACUCCAUGCAGAGUCGGCAGGACAGUGAUGUCACAGAUCACCCAGGAUUCGGUGGCUCACGCUGGGGCGUGCAGGAGGAGUACAAGAGCACACGGACCUUCUCACCCUGCGUACCUCACUCCCAGCAUGGCAUGCUGUUCAGGAGUGACAGUGUGGACUACAGAGCUCAGGGUCCAGAGAUGGACAGUGGAGUGGAGGCUGGUAGUGACAUGACUCCUCCUACUCCUGCCUUCCCCAUCUCUCCCCCUACACCUUAUGUGAAAAACAUGGCGGAAUUCACUCACCUGAGGCAAACUCCAUCUCCCAGCAUGCAAUCAUAUGGAGCUUACAGGACGGACCAUGAGCCCAGAGGUUACUUAGAGAUGAUUGGUCAUGUUCCCCAGUCCGCAGAAGAGGGCCUUCCAGACUCUUCCCCCAGCUUCCAUAGGUCCUUCAGCUCCUCUCGCUCGGCGUUCAUUAGUGGGAUGCCACAACGGACAGACAGCCCCUCCAUGGGUCAGCCCUGGCCAGAGGACAGAGCCCUUCAUCCCCACUCCAUGUCCUUGGACUACAGCCACCACUCCCCUCCCAUGCACCCCCAACCCCACACUCACCCUGCGCCCAACGCCCACAGCUCCCCCCGGGGCAGCCAGCAGAGCCACAUGGCACACUAUGGCCUCACCCACAGCCUUGCGCACAGCUUUGACGUGCAAGACAACUUAGGCCUGGGGGGCUAUGGCGCAGUCGACAGCCCACCCUCUGCCUCUCCUCUACUGGGGAACGGAGGCAUGGAGAGGGGCCUGUCCUCUAUGGGCACCAUCCGGACCCAGCACCUGCCACAGCUGCAGCAGCUCCAGGCCCAGGGUGCCUUGCCUCCACUGCUGCCUGAGAAGAGGAGGGAGUCGGACGGGGAGCACUCCUUGGGCACAGCCUCCCCAGCCCCUAGCGGAUUCUCCAGCCCACAUAGCGGAAGCUCCCUCAGUAUCCCAUUUCCCAACAUCCUGCCUGAUCUCUCAGCCUCUGCACAGAUGCCGGGCACCGCUUCACCUCUGCCAGAUGUCCUGGCCAGCAAGCAUGUGACUGUAAACUUUGUGCAAGACACAUCGAAAUUCUGGUACAAGCCUGAUAUCUCCAGGGACCAAGCUAUCUCAGUCCUGAAGGACAAGGAGCCCGGAUUUUUCAUAGUACGGGACAGCCACUCCUUCAAAGGAGCCUAUGGGCUGGCCAUGAAGGUGGCCACACCCCCUCCCUCAGUCCUGCAGCAGAGCAAGAAAGGUGAUCUGUCCAAUGAGCUGGUCCGUCACUUCCUGAUUGAGUGUACACAGAAAGGAGUUCGGUUGAAGGGCUGUCCCAAUGAGCCCUACUUUGGUAGUUUAACUGCGUUGGUGUAUCAGCACUCCAUAACUCCCUUGGCUCUGCCCUGCAAACUCAUCAUACUUGACAGAGAUCCUCUUGAAGACGUGGUGGAGAAUACUGCUCCACAAUCUGUCACCAACUCUGCUGCUGAGCUCCUUAAACAAGGAGCAGCGUGUAAUGUGUGGUUCCUGGGCUCAGUGGAGAUGGAGUCUCUGACCGGGUACCAGGCUGUGCAGAAGGCCACCAGUGUAACAUUGGGCUCAGACCCCCUGCCCAUCUCCACCGUGGUCCACUUGAAAGUCUCCUCACAGGGAAUCACCCUCACCGACAACCAGAGGAAGUUGUUCUUCAGGAGGCAUUAUGCACUGACCACUGUCAUCUUCUGUGCAUUGGACCCUCAAGAUCGGAAGUGGAAACAAGAUGGCUGCACUUCAGCAAAGAUCUUUGGCUUUGUGGCGAGGAAGACGGGCAGUGGGCAGGACAACGUGUGCCACCUGUUCGCCGAGCACGACCCCGAGCAGCCCGCCAGCGCCAUCGUCAACUUCGUCUCCAAGGUGAUGAUUGGCUUCCAGAAGACCAAGUAGCACUGCAACGCUGCUAGCUAAUUGGCUAGUGGGGCUGUUUCUAAAACUUAAAACCGUACAACCCUCAACCUGAAGGUUAUGAGCCAGGACUUGGACAGGAAGGCAGUGGAACAGAGUUCCAUCCACAGAACUAGAAUGGGUUUUGCGAGAUACUAUUUCAAUGGUUACACUACCUAAGAAUGGGAUACAAUUGAUAACAAUAAUCUUGAGGCGAAAGAACCGCACACCUAUUUAGGUGAGGUGCUGGCUAGCGGAGUGGAACACUUAAAAAAAGUAAAGGAGAGCCGCACACUCUAGGAGCUCAGAUGCAAAAAUAUUUAUGUCCAACGUUUCGACAGACAAGCUGUCUUCAUAAGGGCAGCACUCCAUCACUUGUCUGUCGAAACGUUGGACAUAAAUAUUUUUGCAUCUGUGCUCCUAGAGUGUGCGGCUCUCCUUCUCCUUUAUACAAUUGGCAACAAGCAUGAAACGAGUUACAAGUUACAACCUAUCCAAGUCAUCUCCUGCUUACAACACAGAGGGAACUGUGGACCAUCAGCAGGACAGCAGGACAUUGAGAUCUUUCAUUGAGUCGAAUGAAAACUCAGAACUCCUUUGCCAUCAUUUUCAAACAGACUCUUUCUUUCCUUAUGAUGAUUAUUAGGGGUUUGUCUGGAAGGAAAAAGAGAAUAUACAACAGCUACAUUAUAAGAUGUGUAUUUCAUUUUUAUGUAUCAUUGUAGAACUAAUACAGAUGUUUGCAUUUCUGUCUCGAAAGGGCUUACAGUUUUAUGUAUCCCAAAUCUUUACAAGUUAGUUACAUAUUCCUAUUCUCAACAUGCUCUGUAUGAUGUGAUACUAUACUAAAGUUAGUUACAUAUUCCUAUUCUCAACAUGCUCUGUAUGAUGUGAUACUAUACUAAAGUUAGUUACAUAUUCCUAUUCUCAACAUGCUCUGUAUGAUGUGAUACUAUACUAAAGUUAGUUACAUAUUCCUAUUCUCAACAUGCUCUGUAUGAUGUGAUACUAUACUAAAGUUAGUUACAUAUUCCUAUUCUCAACAUGCUCUGUAUGGUGUGAUACUAUACUAAAGUUAGUUACAUAUUCCUAUUCUCAACAUGCUCUGUAUGGUGUGAUACUAUACUAUACUAUAGGGAAGCAUAGAAGCCUGGCAUGUAAGGGUUUUGUCAUGUUUAAUAUUUAACCAAAAAUAAAUCAACUAUAUAAAGCAUUAUUCAAGCUAUUAAAAACAGUACUAAAAUAAAUACUGUAAAUCAUAACUUCUCCUUAUGUUAUCAAAAACUUAAUUUUUGUAAAUGCAUCAUGUACUAUUUGAAAAGUAAUACCUAUUGACUUUGUUAGAACAAAAAAAUAUAAAUAUUUCCCCUAAACUAAUGUUUCACCAUCCCAAUCAUUUAUCUUGAAUUUGGAUAUUGCUCAACUCUGGAUAUGCAUGCGAAUUAAAACCACCAUCAAAGCAAUAACACACAAAAAUGUAAAGAUCUGGAAGGGGAGCGUUGGAAUGAAUCAGACCACAGAAAAUAUUAUAUAUGUAAACCCUAAUAUAUUCUAUGAUUCCUUUAUAUCAUUUGUCAAUUACAUGUACUUUGAACUCAUGUACUACUUCGUUCAGUACUGCUUUGUCUGGAAGAUUGUUUUAAAAUUGAUACAUUUCUGUAUGUUUUUCCUUUGGCUAGUCUCAAAUAAGUGUUUAAAUGGACUAUUUGGUGGUAUAUUAUUGGCAUUAACUAUAUAUUGAAAUGUCUCAGUGUUAAAAUAUAUACAGUACACUGAGUGUACCAAACAUUAGUAUUGAUUAAUAUUAAUAUUGAGUUGCACCCACCCUUUAGCCCUCAGAACAGCCUCAUUUCGUCAGGGCAUGGACUCUACAAGGUGUCGAAAGCGUUCUACAGGGAUGCUGCCCAUGUUGACUCCUGCUCACAACUGCUUCCCACAGUUGUGUCAAGAUGGCUGGAUGUCAUUUGAGUAGUGGACCAUUCUUGAUACACACAGCAAACUGUUGAGCGUGAAUAACCCAGCAGCGUUGCAGUUCUUGACACAAACCGGUGCGCCUGGCACCUACUUCCAUAGCCCGUUCAAAGGCACUUAAAAAUGUAGUCUUGCCCAUUCAACCGCUGAAUGGCACAGAUACACAAUCCAGGUCUCAAUUGUCUCAAGGCAUAGAAAUCCUUCUUUAACCUGUCUCCUCGCCUCCAUCUACACUGAUUGAAGUAGAUUUAACAAGUGACAUCAGCUUUCACCUGGAUUCACCUGGUCUGUCUAUGUCCAUGGAAGGAGCAGGAGUCCUUAAUGUUUUUAUACUCAGUAGAGGACAUUUGUAUUGUAUAUUUCAUUUGGAAUUAUGAAAUAAAUAUUGUGUUGGAACAAUAGGCGAUCAUUGGGGCUCGAUUGAACUCGAUGGAAAAGUGCAAAAGUGUCAACACCGCUCACCCAAUGCAUCGAGCGAGCUCAAUGAAGUGCAGCUUUUUAACCACUUUUCUGUGUAGAUGAACUUUUUCACGGUCACAUUUCUUCAUGUCAAAUAAUCAGGGCAGGGACCACCUAAUUCCAAUACACUUUGUUUAUAUACAAUACAUUCACUGUUUGUGUACAUUUUAGUUGUAUUUUUUUUUCUUUCAUUUUGCUCAUGAUGUACUAAUAUGAUUUACAGUCUGUACCUCAUCAUACCUUUACUAUCUCACGUUUGAAAAAAAUAAUUAUAUUUUUUUAUGUUUCAUAUUGAUUUGCAGCAAGUGACAUAAAAAGUUCAUUUGUAUAUGAGAAAUGGUAUUUUCAAUGUUGAAUGUGAAUAAACAAAAGGGAAAAAUUA